AUGGAGCCGGCGUUACUGGGCUCAGUUAUCUCCACCCUGUUCCCAUCUCGGGCGGAGCACACCCCACCAGCCAUGAGGCCCCACCCAGUAGCCUCUACUGAAGCACCAGUACCCGUAUCAGAGGGGGAGCUUGGCGCAGCCAUAUUACGGCUGCGUAGCAAAAACAAAGCACCUGGUCCGGACGGGAUCCCCGGAAAAGCGUGGGUCGUCUCGUCUGUGGCACUUGGAGAACGCUUACGGCGCCUUUUCAGCGCCUGUCUAGAACAGGGCAAGUUUCCCAUGGCACGUCAAGUCUAUUGGUGGUCGGAGGACAUUGCAGAACUGCGCAGAGCCGCUAUUGCCGCACAGCGGGAGUCUUCCAAUCAUCGACGAAGGCGGCGUCGCGAUACUACACUAGAUGAUACCCUUUACGAGACCUACCGCCAGGCCAAGAAAGCCCUUAGAGUGGCCAUCGCAAAAGCCAAAGUUCAGGCCCGGAAAGAGAUGCUGGACUCACUAAACCGUGAUCCGUGGGGACGACCAUACCGCGUAGCGAGGGGCAAACUUCGACCAUGGGCGCCACCAGUGACGGAGACCAUGGAGCCGGCGUUACUGGGCUCAGUUAUCUCCACCCUGUUCCCAUCUCGGGCGGAGCACACCCCACCAGCCAUGAGGCCCCACCCAGUAGCCUCUACUGAAGCACCAGUACCCGUAUCAGAGGGGGAGCUUGGCGCAGCCAUAUUACGGCUGCGUAGCAAAAACAAAGCACCUGCCUCAAUCAUGGCGAUCAGCUCAUCAAUACUGCUCAUCCUGACGCUCUUCCACGGUCUCCAAGCUGAGAAGGUUGUCUGCGAUGGCAUCAUCUUUAACCACGUGUAUUUCGACAGGGAACUCCUCGUGAACAACCUCGGGAGACCAUACAACCUGGUCAUGCACAAGUUCUCGGGGCUUUUGUUUUUUAGCCACACGGUGCAAAACGGGACCCACGCAGACUUCUUGAUCACAACCUGCCACAUCGAUAAGCGUACUUGUUCCAACGUGAGCGGAGUUCCCGGAGGAUAUGCCAUCGCUUACGACGCCGGCAACGACGACAUAUACUUAGGAGGCCACGACGGCAUCUACAAGUAUAACUUUCUCACCAAAUCAGCGGAUUUCUUCGCCGAAGAAGGCAAAAGCAUUUGGGGUCUCUUCGUUAGAAGAAACUUCUAUUACAUCGAGUACCCAACGCAGAAACUUAGAGUGUACCAAGACGAUGAGUUCUUGCCUGUAGCUGAAGCUAUAAAUAUAGAAGUCGACCAUUUCUUCAUUUCAAAACACAUGGAUAUUUAUUUCUCUAACAGAACAGCUUUGUACAAAGUUGAAAAGCCGAAAAAAGAAGCUAUAGUUUUAAGCGAUGAAGUAGUGAUUCGACAAAUAGUUGAAGACAGCUAUGGAGACACAUAUUUUUGUACGAGCGAUGGCAUAUACAUUGAAGAUAAACCGUAUCAUAGAAUAAAAAAAGUGGCGCACAUAGUCCAAGCUUUUGGCCUGACUUUCGAUGAGCAUGAUCAGAUAGUGUAUUCCGAUCGAAAUGCAAUUUAUAGAUUAAAACCAAGUAAAGUUGGUCCGUUAUGCUAUGAGGUUUUAACUAACCCUGCUGAAAGAGAAGAUUUGGAAAGAAUUAAAGAUACUCUUAUUAGUUAA